UCGACCGUGUCCUUCCGCCCUGAAAACACACAUAACACACGGGCAGCGGUUGGAUUUCCUCAUGAAUAUGAGUUGCACGACACUUGUUACUGCGCCAGAUUCAAAAUGUCCGCCCCGACAGAGCGAAGACGAUCAUGAAUCACAGUUAAACUCAGUGAACCCUUUCCAGCUGAGUGGAUUCAACUUCACUGGAGGAGUGAGGAGCGUAUACGCCGUCAAAGGGGCGGGGACGUUUUCUUGACUGACAGUUGAACCGGCGAAAGAGAACGCGGGGAUUACGGUUGUUGGUGUGAUGGGCAGUAGGAGAGGCCAAUGAGAGCUCGCGGAUCUGCGUCCGGUUUCCUGAAGGCGGAGGUGGGGGUCAGAGCGGCGCAGAGAACGGGCUGCUGGUGGCGAAGAUGGCGGAUGGGGACAGUGGCAGCGAGCGCGGCGGCGGCGGUGGAGGAGGCAGCGGCGGCGGAGGUGGAGGCAGUGGAGGAGGUGGUGGUAGUGGUGGCGGGGGAGGAGGAGGAGGCGGCGGCGGGUUCCAGCACUACCAGCGGGACGCGGAGACCCAGGAGCUGGCCUCGAAGCGGCUGGACAUCCAGAACAAGCGCUUCUACCUCGACGUGAAGCAGAACGCCAAAGGCCGGUUCAUCAAAAUCGCGGAGGUCGGCGCCGGGGGCUCGAAAAGCCGCCUGACCCUCUCCAUGUCAGUGGCGGCGGAGUUCCGCGACUACCUGGGGGAUUUCAUAGAGCACUACGCCCAGCUCGGGCCCAGCACCCCGGAGCAGAUCGCGCAGUCAUCCGGCGGGGAUGACACCGGGCCUAGACGGGCCUUGAAGAGCGAGUUCCUGGUGCGUGAGAACCGAAAAUACUACCUCGACCUCAAGGAGAACCAGCGGGGUCGCUUUCUCCGGAUCCGGCAGACCGUCAACCGAGGGCCCGGGUUCGGAGUGGGAGCCGGUGGCAUCCCCGGGUCCGGCCUGCAGACCGGACAGACCAUCGCUCUCCCGGCCCAGGGCUUGAUAGAGUUCCGCGAUGCUUUGGCCAAGUUGAUAGACGACUACGGCGGAGACGAGGAGGAGCUGGCCGGCGGUGCAGGGGCCGGGGGCUUCAGCGUGCUCCCGGAGGGCACCUCCAUCAUGGUGGACUCCAAGCGGUUCUUCUUCGACGUGGGGUCCAACAAGUACGGAGUUUUCUUGCGGGUGAGCGAAGUGAAGCCCAGUUACAGAAACUCUAUCACGAUCCCCUUCAAGGCGUGGGGCAAGUUCGGCGGAGCGUUCAGCCGCUACGCCGAGGAGAUGAAGGAGAUCCAGGAGAGGCACCGGGAUAAGAUGUACGAGAGGAGGACCGGAGAGGAGUCAGAGGGCGACGACGUGGACGACGAUUGAUGGAGAGGAGGCCACUUGUGAUGAAGCUGACAACAUGAUGCAAAGUCUGGAGAUAAACAAGAGAGAGAGAGAGGAACGACUAUUCUGUGCAUGACGAAUCGAACAUUUAAAAUGCAAAAAAAAAGAAGCAACGGAGUAACAUAAAAAGUAUAUUUGACUGAGAAAUUACUGUCUAUAUAAGAGAUUAAUGUCCUAAAGUGUAGGUGGAUGUUAUAGCUAAAUGAGUGCAGACUGCAGUAGUCAGCUCCUGUAUGAGACCCCCCCCCACCCCCACCCCACCCCAUUGAUAAAGAAUAUUAUAUAUGAAUAUAUAUCUAUAUAUAGAUUGUCCAUUAGAAAACCUCACACGUGUAGCCCAGCAAAUUAAGUUUGACAACGCUCGAGACCACACAGCCUCACUUCCUGGUUGAUACCCAAUGGCAAGAGCUCACCUGGCGCUGACCCGUGAUGAGGAGGAAGUGCGUCAUACUCCGACCAGCAGGUGCAGAGUGGGAGUGAGACGCCUGCAUCACCCACCAUCAGCUGUAUCUGAGGGGGAGGUGGGGGGGGGAGCAAUCCCUGGCACCGCAGGACGACCUCUCGGCCCCGAGAGGUCUCACGAGGUGACCUGCUACAAGCACACGACUCGUUUGGAUUCCCUGGACACUCCAGAUGAGUCCAAAUUAUGUCCCUCCUUCACUCCUUCCCUGGCUCCCUCCCUCAGGUGCUGACCUCCUGCUCCAACAGCUGAAGUGUGGAGAGGCCUGCUCACACGUGGCAAUGCCCGUCCGUAUCUUUGGGGGGUUGUAUCAGCAUUUUCUCGAGGUCCUGGGUGCAGAUCUGGUUCUGCCAGCCUCUUAGCACUGGUCACGUUUUUUCCGAGUUAAAGCUUAAUAUUGCCGGGCUUGAGCUACAGUCCCGAGGCGAACUGACCUUGUUGACCUAUUUAGAAUGCGCUAUUUGGAUCCUUUUAAUCCUGAACUCAGACCAUUAAUGACUGAAGUAACAUUCAGUCCGAUUGUAAAACAAAUUUGGUGCUUUUGGAAAACACACAACCCACAGUGGGGUGCUGUACUUAUAGAAAAAUAUAUACUGGAAGAGAUUUACUUACUAAAAAGAUCAAGCAUAGAUAGACUUAUUUUUCAAAAGAGAUAUAUUGAAAUAUGUCUUAGGAACAUGAGACAUUUAUAAGAUAACGCUGCCUAAAGUGGCUUAUUUAAAACACUAAACUUGGAUGCAACUGUCCAGGGUGAUAUUUCAUACCUGCUUUUUUCCUAACCUUUUCUUUUAUUCCUUAGAGGAAGUAACAAAAACAAAAAAAAGAGAGUACAACAAAUUGAUAACACAGUAUGUUAUAGCAAUUUCUAGAAACGACUUCAUUGAAGUCGUUUGUCAGCAAACACUCAGCACUCCAGUUCACUUUACAGAGCAGCGACUUGUCCCCUCGUUUCAGUCCACACGUUUUUACCAUGUUUGUCAUAAACUGGCUUUCCAUCAGUCGCCAUACGACGCAAACAUAAACACCCGCAGUCAUCAACUUUUUGUCUUUAGUGCUCCUUUUUAAAAUAUGAUCAUUUUUGCAUGCCUGCUCUUGCGCGGAGCUGCCUUGUGUUCUUUUCUUUUGCAUACUCUGAUUGCUGUAUGAUGGUAUUUAUCCUUUUUUUUUUUUUUUUUUCUGAGAGCAGUUUCAAGUUUUAUUUCUAUAUUGCAACGGCGAAAAAAAAAAGGUUUAAAGUUUACUUCUCAGCCUAAUAAUAAAAAAAAUAAGCCACAGACUUCCCGUGCUUUGGGGAAUGUCACCUCCAUCGUCCCAUUUCCUUCGGUGUGUAAACCCUCUCGUUGACUUUUACUUUACCCACUUCAACACAGCAGAGACAUGCCAUAUGAAAAAAAAAAAAAUUUACUCAAUAUCUGGGAGCAAUAGUUUUUUUUUUUCUCUUUCUUUUCUAUUGAUAUAAAUAUACUAUAUAGUAAAAUAUUACACAUGAGAUUGAACUACAUCCUUCUUCCUGUACUGUGUUACGUGAAAUGGCAGCUGUUUCAGUCAUGUGUGUUCUGCUGUAAUAUUCUACCAAGUUCCUUUCAACGAGAAAUAAAAAAAAAAAACGUUUUUUGCUCA